AUGCGUUGUCUAGCACUGACCACGGCGAAGCACUGUAUAUCUCGAUGGGCAAUCCGCCUACGCCAAGCCUUUCGCUCCAACGAUGCAUUUCUUGCGUACAUUCGUACUGAGGGGAAUGCAUCAGGCGCGCAUUCGUGGACGAACGAAGAUUUGAAGCCAUCUCCACCGCAUAUGGUGAAUUGGCAGUGGUAUCACUUCUGCUUGUUUUGGUUUGGUGUAGGCUUUGGCAAUUGGACCCUCGGUUCCAGUAUUGUCGGUGCUGGGCUCACGUCGUGGCAGGCUAUUAUUGUCGUUUGGGUUGCAGCAGGAGUGUCCGGAUUAUGCAUGGCCUUCAAUUCUCGCGCUGCUGCAAACUACCACGUCGGGUACCCUGUCGUGCUCAGAACGUCGUUCGGCAUGUACGGUCACUACUGGCCUGUCAUCGCUCGUGGGGCGUGUGCCAUGCUCUGGGUGUCUGUGUUGAACUUCCAAGGUGGCGCAUUCGUUUCGACGAUGCUUCGUUGCAUCGUUGGACAUCGCUGGGACAAUCUCGGCGCGCAGUUUCCUCCACCUGUAGGCACUACUCUGCAACGCUUUCUCGGAUUCCUCAUCUUUUGGGCCGUGGAACUGCCCUUCUGUUCCCUACGUCCAAACAGGCUUAGAUGGCUGUACACCCUGAAGGCGUGGCUUUUGCCCCCUUCCGUGAUCGGUCUUCUGAUAUAUUGUGUGGUGCAAAGUCGUGGUCGCCUCGCAUCCGACGCAGAUUUAUCAAACGUAGCUGCACGUCCAACCGGCUCAGCACUGGUUUGGGUGAUCGUCGCCGCCAUAAAUUCUGCAAUGGGCAAUUGGUCCACCUUCAUUGCCAACAUGCCGGACUUCGCCCGUUACGCUACAGACCCG